AUGCUAGCUGCACAGCCUGCACUAGCAGGAAUUUCUUUUGCUCUGGCCAUACUGAUAAUGGGAAAACCAAGAAAGCUCCAGGACAGGAUUUUCGCAUGUUUAAGGGAUGUUUUUGAGAGAGACCCUGGUGGCUAUUUUCGCAACUUGCACAAGAAGUAG